AUGAUUGACCCAUCGAAGUGUGGUAAUGCAACCGAGAGGGUCUCCAACGAAGUGAACAGCGCGAGAGAGCGGGAUCAGUCCUCAGCUGAUCCCCACCCCGCUGAACAAACUGAUAAAAGGAUGCUAUCAGAACUAAUAGCACAAAAUCAGCGGAACCUUGGCGCACUGAUUGCCCGACCUAAGCUGACCGAAAAGCUCCUAUUGCGACCCCCAGUGAAGUUUUUGUAUGAUAUUGUGAUGGAGGUCUCUAUCGUGACGGGAUUCGGAGCAGAGAUAGUAAGAGAGAUCUCUGCUGAGCGAGUGGUGACACGAGAAGCUAAAUUGGAGUUCGUCACACUAUCGCAUUCUAGUAUAGAGCACGCGUUACAUCGAAGGAUUGAUGUAGACCCUUCGAAAGAGACCCUGAUAAGACUAACAGACUCCUUAUGUGCCUCCACGAAGCAGCGACAACAGUGCCCUACAGGCAAGAGAUCUUCGGAGGCGUUCAAUCGAGCCAGAAAUAGAGAACCUCUGCUCACCGAGGAAGAACUUGACUCCCCAACGGAAGACGGUAACGAGUCGGAGUCAGAGAGCUCUUCAGCUGAUGUGAAAAGUGACGACUCAUGCGCGAUUGGCACUCGUUGUGAUGUCCAGGAAGAGAUCGAACAGUCUUCGGACGGCGUAGAAGAGACAGUAGCCGCUUCUGCAUAUAAAGUCAAGGCAAUGCUAUCCGAGAUAGCAGCAGAGGAAAAGAGGUUGUCGCAGCUAUUCAAGGAGAUCGAUACUGAGUUCGACCAAGUGGACGCAAUUGAUGCAGUUGUCCGUGUUAAAGAGCGCAGAGCCGAGUUUUCCCUAUUAAAACUUUGCGCUUCGACACCAGUACCACAGGACGAUGAGCCAAAUAACGAAGUGGCUGCUCAUGCGUGA